ACAUGAACCAGCGAGAAAUGCGAGGACUUAAAAGCUACCAGAUGAACAGUAUCAACUUGGGCGCCGGCUCCCUCUCUUCGUGCACCGCCUCGCCUGUUAGCAGCAGUUUAUCGAGGAACAGCACGGCACUACCCUCACCGCCUCCCUCCCCCAAGCUCCUGUCACCGCACCAGCUCACUUUGGAGGAGAAGCAUCACAUCUUAGGCGUCUUACUUAAACUUGAGAACCUUCAAAACAUGGAAAACCAGCGCGACAGGCUGGUAAGAGAAGAGUUUACCAAAAGUCUAGACGACUUAGCAGCAACGGUUACAAACCAGGUUACAAACUGCCGCCCCUCUGUUCCCGUAUCCACACCUAACAAAUACUGCUGCCAUAUCUGCACUGCGGUAAUUGGGAGACAGAAGGUAAAGAAAGGAAGAAGCGCGCUUGUUUGCUGGGAUUGUGGUCAACUUACCUGCGACUCCUGUGGAUUUACCAAACACCAAACUGGACCUUUUGACAACAGAAUUACAAACAAGACGAUACGCCUGUGUAAGCCGUGCAUGUACCGACGCGAAAUGACCCUCAAAAGCGGAGAGUGGUUCUACGGAGCCGAGGGAGCAAGAGAGGUCCGCAACAUCCACAAAUCUGUUAUAGAAUCCUUAGGAAUACCUGAAAGAAGCAGCCUCAAAACUGAUCCUGAAGACAUCACAAACUGGAAACGGAAAGCUCAAAAGAAGAUUGGUCAAUCAAGCUUGAUUACUUUGAAAGCUAUGAAGCGAAGAUGGCAGCGACUUGCUAAUUUUAACAAACACGGAUCAGCCUACAAUGAUUCUAAGGGCAGUGAAAAUAGUUCAGAUGAGGAGAUGGAGAGAAGUCGGUUCGCUGAGGAGAUUCAGGAGCAAUAUCGUGCUUUCAAGGACAGUCAGGCCGCCUUCAAACUUGCUAAAAAGGGUUACUGCGAAGAAUCCUCCACCUCGAGCACUUGUUCCAAACAGUGGUCUAGAGAAUCCUCCCCCGAACGUGGUUACAGCCUCAAACAUUCAGCUCUCCAAUGCAGAUCGAUGACGUCAGUAAAACUGGAGACUGAAAAUGUGCAACGUAAAAUGCACCACUCCUCCGAAAGCCUGCCAGUAGAUCUACAAAAGAUGAACUUGAAGUCCACGUCAUUGCCUUUCCGAGGUAGAGGACGGAAAAACCAUGUAUCAAUGGAAUUAGCGAAGAGAAUGUCACAGAAGGGUUCGGUUCUUCAAAAGUGGAGAACAUCUGCGGGAAGCUGCUCCAACAUUUUGUUUAACAACGUGAACAAUGAUUACUCGAAAAACACUCCGCUCAGCUCCAAAAGCUUAAACACUCCGCUCAGCUGUAAAAGCUUAAGCAAAUACAAUUACAAACAAUAGGUUUACCAUUA